CAUGAGCACGCGCUCCGGCUGCGCGCUCUCAGUUCACCUUCGAACGUGUUGUUUUGCGGUGCCUAAUAUAAAACCAUACAAAUAUUAUCAUUUUAACUUAGUCAAUGUGGACGACAGGAUUGAGCUUAAUUAAAGGAUGUGAUGGUAAUCAAGUCAGUCAGAGAUUACUUCAGCACACUGGACAGCGUUCAUUUUUACCAAAGCAGAAUGGAAAGCAGCAAAGAUGAACCACCGAGGACCCAUGGGGAUAUCACGGACAAAACCCCGCAACAAAUCAGCCGUUAUUGACUUCAGACAGAGACAUGAACUUAUUGGAAAUAUUUCUGGAGUUACUCAUCGUUGUAAUUGCAGUUGUGUCACUCGUGGCGAACUUGCUAGUGUUAGUAUGUUUCACAUGCAGCGCACAAGUUCGUGCACAGGUGCCAGGAAUCUUCAUCGUGAACCUCUCAUUCUGCAACAUCCUCAUCACCGUUCUCAACAUGCCUUCUACCCUACUCGGGGUCGUAAAGCGCCAAAAGCCGUUUGCCGACCACUUUUGUUAUACAGUGAGUUUUAUGGAUACUUUUCUGACUACCAACACGAUGUUGAGCAUGGCAGCUCUCAGCAUAGACCGCUGGAUAGCCGUGGUCUUUCCUUUGACUUAUUCCAGCAAAAUGAGACUCAAGAAUGUCGCGCUAAUGGUCAGCUAUGCCUGGCUUCACUCGCUCGCAUUCUCGCUUGCUGCUGUCCUGCUGUCGUGGGUCGACUACAGUCCCGCGUACGCGUCAUGCACUGUGCACCUGGGAGACGAUGAUGGGAGCCGUGGUCACUUCAUGGUGUUCACCACAGUGUUCCACGCAUGUACUUUCGCACUCUCGCUUUUCAUCCUAUGCUUUACCUACCUGAAAGUACUACAAGUGGCUCGCUUCCACUGUAAGCGGAUAGACGUUAUAACGGUGCAGACACUUUUGCUACUUGUCGACAUUCACCCAAGUGUGAAACAACGGUGCUUACUGGAGCAAAAGAAAAGGAGACAGAGGGCCACCAAGAAAAUCUGCAUAUUCAUCGGGUCGUUCGUCCUGUGCUUCGCCCCCUAUGUCAUAACACGACUGACUGAACUGACUGCUUCAGUAAAAAUCGACCGUUACUGGGGGAUCAUGAGUAAGUGCUUGAUGUACAGCAAAGCUGCCUCUGACCCUUUCGUGUACUCCCUCUUACGGCAACAAUAUAAGAAGGCCCUUUUUGGAGUGUUCAACAGGAUUUUGGGACGGAACUCAUACACACUGUCUGGUCACAGCAGCCCCUCGGACAUAGAAAAUGAAUGCUGCUCACAAAGGGUUAACAAUAUGCUGAAGGAUAACUGUCACUAGAGCAGGUCAAAAAGAAUGACAACUGACACCUUCAGAAAUACGUGCUCAGCAGUGGGCUCUGGUUAGUUAAUGGCAAAACGCCAAACGAAACUGCCUAUAAUUUCUGAAAUAACGGCUUAUACUGUAUAAUUUCAAAGUCUGUUGAAACCUUGGGAGGCCACAAAGUUUGCCAAUCACUGGAUUUUCUUUUAUUGAAUUCAGACCAUUUGCACACUCAUCUGUUAUAUGACUUUAUUCACAACAUAGUCCUAUAACGUGUAUUAUAAUGUACUUUAUGAAAUAAAAAUAAUUAUAGUAGAAGGGUAAGAAUUGUAUAGGUAUUUGUUGCCUAGCAUGAGAUAUAUAUUUAUUUGGAUAAACUUGACUUUUCACCAUCCAUCAACACAUAUUACCUCAUAAUAGUAGGCCUACAUUAAUCUCACAUGUAAUUAAAUAUUCAGAGCCUUAUUCUGCCAAGUGCAGCUUCUGGCAGGGCCACAAGGCCAUUAAAACUUGUCCUAAAGUCACUCCAGUGUUGUCUUGAAAGGUGAAAAUUAGGCCUAGUUUAAAAUUUCUGUUUCUGUUUGAUUCAGUAUUCUCUUAAUUCAGUUGUUGCCUUAUCAAACUGCCAUCAUAACUCUCUGGUUGCGACUGUUAUUUGUCGUGUAGAAGUUGUGUCUUUGUGUGUCUAAAUUACAGUUGACAGUCACAUGAAAAAAAAAAAAUUUGAAACAUCAGUCAUAACAAGACAUAAUGAAAUGCACAGUUUACAGUGCAGUUAAUGUGUUAUUUCCAUAAAGCCCGGAACGCACCAAGCCGACGCCGACGAACUAGUGGCGACGAAAGCAGACUGCGGGGUUGGAUCACGUCGGUAGCGUUUGGGUCCAAAGUUGCCCUGACACACCAAACUGACGCUCGACACCCAACGGCCAAGUAGCACGUCCGUUCUGCGCCUGCAUAAGAACAAAUGCCUUUCCAUACCAGCAGGUGGCAGUAGCUGAACAGCCAAUCAGAAUGAUCAGAUGGCCCGACUGACCGACAAGCUCCUAUGCCGAUUCAACAUGUCGAAUCGGCUGAAAAAAAGCCGACGAGGACCAACUUAAACCGACGGUGUGGAACACACUGAGAAAACUUAGUCCGCCGACGAACAAAAACUGCCCGACGGCCAACCGUUGGCUUGGUGUGUUCCGGGCUUUAAGGAGAUCACACACUUUAAAAUUACUGUAUUGGUCUACAAAUAAAAAUGUAAAAAUACAAUUUAAUUCAACACAUAAAGUUAACUAGUUUACAGUGUAUGUUCAGAAUUUUAAGUUAAAGUCAUAAAGAAAUGUGCAGGUAUACAUUCCCAUACUACAUCUGCCAUGCAUUGUCCUUUGACCCUUGUGUCUUUUGACCUAUGACAUACUAACAACAAGCACGAAAAUAUGUGCAAUUUAAAACAAAAGAUAUAGCUUUUGUGGUAGGCUUGUAAUGUACACUUAAAAAUACCAAUUCUACACUUUUUUUAAACUUCCAAAGGCUCC